GAAAUGGUAGUGUGGUGCAAGUUGGCGCACGACCACGUGGUCCGGCUUCACGGUUGGAUACCAUACCUCGAGAACCCGGAAAUUUUGUGCCCGGGCUUGGUGUCAAACUGGUGCGAUGGAGGAGAUGUUACAACUUUUCUAAAGCGCAGCCCUCAGGCUGAUCGCCAAGCCCUGAUUUGCGGAAUAGCGUGUGGCCUAGAGUAUCUUCAUUCGAAAAAAGUAGUGCACGGCGAUAUGAAGCCUGACAAUGUUGUCAUGGGUGAUAAGAGCACCCCGCAGUUGUGUGAUUUUGGACUUUCGUUUAUCACAUCGGACAAGACAACAUUUCUUCAUGCAUCGAGCAUGUUCGCAACAGGGCGAUACUUAGCGCCAGAAGUGUUUGAGUCUGAGGAGCCUUUUCGAAACGAAAAAACCGACGUCUGGGCAUUCGGAUGUACUGCCAUGGAGAUACUUCGCAGUGAACCCCCAUAUUCCACCACUAGGAACGAACUCGCCGUUUUCAAAGUUAUCGGGACGACGCCGCCGUUUGAUCUUUCACCAACUCAGCCUACCGAGGAGAUUCUUGUCCGCUGCCUCAAUUUUGAUCCCGAGGGUCGAAUCAAUAUGGGAGACGUUGCAAAACGCCUGAAGCAGAAUGGGUCCAGGAGUGGGUGCCCUGACAAUUCCUCAGCAACACAAUCCUUCAGUUAUCCACUUCAAUUUCCCAGCGCUGCAAUUCUCAGCACUUGAGCGAGGUCUUUUUGCUCGAUCUUGCGCUGUACACACUUUGUCUGGGGGUCCAUUAUGUUUACACACCGGUGAACCUCUACUUUUAAGUGAUAAUCCCGACUACCAGGAGUUGCCGAAAUUAGAGCGAGGUCGUCGAGGGAAGGGGAUGCAAAUGCAUACUUCGGAACAGGUAAGGCAAAGAAAGAGUGGGCUUGCAGUUGGCACAGUACAUCAUCCUGGACUGGAGGUGGCGAUUGGGCUCAUUGUGUAAGUGGGAAAUGUAAAUGUAGGACAAAAUAUAUCAUUACCCUU